CUUGACCAACACGACAUUUCUCAGCAUGAAUUUCAAGCGACCGUCGCAUCGUCAGACGCCCUCUCAGCAGGAGAUGAUCCAAGUCGGUUCGUAGAUUGCUCCACCUACGAGGACCUCCGCUAAUAUGGACAUAUGGGCGUUCAUAGAUCGCAACGACACCGCGACACCCUUCUGGCGAACCACCUCGGCCAAUAGCCAGCGGAGCAACGACAGCGGCGCAUCGAAUGCGCCGCCUGAACCACCGCGCAAGGUCAUUGGCGCAUCAUACUCCCACGCCGAUGUCUUGAACCUCAGUCAGCUAUCCGUUGCCGGCGAUACUCGACCACGAACUCCUCCCUCGAACCCCAGAUCUACCUCUUACGGAAACCGAAACACACCACCACCUGGAUCAAGCUCAGCGGUAUCAUCGCCUCCUGCACGGCGAGGCAAUAGCAGUCUUCUGGCGGAAACAAGCAAUGCGUGGAGUCCAGCAGAAGAUGAGGAGGACCACUUUGGCGUGGACGAUGACGAGGAUGAAUUCGGUCUGCCCAGUAUAGCGAACAUGCGGCGGAAAGGAAAGAGAGCAUCCAACAAGCGAGGACAAGAUCCAGGAGGAGGUACUUCAAAUUGGGCCCUCGACAACGGCGACAUCACCGAAGAGCGCGCCCAAACCAUCCCGACCUACCCGUCCACUCGACCAUCUCCCACUUUCUCCAAUCAAAAGAUUCUCCGACCUCAAUACAAGGACAUCCUCCGCGACCCUGCAAACUCUCUGCAUCUCAUCUACCACCCUCCAAUCCAGCCCACCGCAUCACCCAAGGACAUUGACGCUCACGCCGCCCGCAUCACACGAAUAAACAAGUUCAAGAAGAUCUUACAAGCCUCCUCAAUAUCUCUCCCAGAAUUACGCAAUCUCGCCUGGUCUGGUCUCCCACCCGAAGUCCGCGCCAUGUCCUGGCAGAUCCUGCUGAACUACCUCCCCACAUCUUCCGAACGUCGCGUCGCUCUUCUAGAGCGAAAGAGGAAAGAAUACCUCGACAGCGUGCGUCAGGCGUUCGAGCGUCCCACAACAAACUCCGGCUCACCAAGCCUGUCAUCAACAACAUCCCCUGCCUCCCCUGCUCGUGCCCCUCGUGGCCUCGAUGAAGUCCUCUGGCACCAAAUCACGAUUGACGUCCCAAGAACGAAUCCCAUUCUCCCACUGUACCGCCAUCCGACCACCCAACGAUCUCUCGAGCGAAUCCUGUACGUCUGGGCCAUUCGACAUCCCGCAAGUGGGUACGUACAAGGCAUCAACGACCUCGUAACGCCUUUUUUCCAAGUCUUCCUCGGGCAAUACAUCACAUCUUCCUCCGAUCCCUCAGACGACAUCUCCGAUUUUGAUCCAGGACAAUUACCGAAAGCGGUCCUCGAUGCUGUGGAAGCAGAUACAUAUUGGUGCUUGACAGCUCUGCUCUCCGGGAUUCAAGAUAAUUACAUCCACGCGCAGCCAGGAAUUGUACGGCAGGUCCAAGCUCUACGAGAUCUCGUAUCUCGCAUCGAUGGUGGCCUAGCAAAACAUCUCGAAAAAGAAGGCGUGGAAUUCAUCCAAUUUUCCUUCCGAUGGAUGAACUGCCUCUUGAUGAGGGAGGUAUCUGUCGAGAAUGUGGUGCGGAUGUGGGACACCUAUCUGGCCGAAGAGACGGGCUUCUCCACCUUCCAUCUCUACGUCUGCGCCGCCUUUCUCGUAAAAUGGUCCAACGAACUGCAGAAGAUGGAUUUCCAAGACAUCAUGAUGUUUCUACAGGCGUUGCCGACGAAAGGAUGGACAGUAAAGGAUGUGGAAUUAUUAUUGAGCGAGGCGUUCAUCUGGAAGAGUUUGUUUGAGGGGACGAGGGGGCAUGUUACUACGCAGAGUACGCCGGGAGGACAGUUUUUGAAUUUGUAA